CGCUCAUGCACAUGCAAGCUCGUGCACGUUUACUCUCCUAGCGUCUAGUGUGAGUUUGUUAAAGAGACCCUUCCUAUAGCUGCUGAUACCCUGGAUUUUUAAGAUCGUUCAUUUUGAGUGUCCCCCCCUUCGGGCUGUGAGGAGGACGGCCAGCCCCGCAGCUACGGGUCCAGAAUCUCCAUCCUCAGCCGCAGAGGGAAGAGCAGCUGGAAGAGGAGGAAUAGGGCGGAAGAGAAGGAGAGAGAGAGCUGGGCCCCAGAGCGCUCCAGCACUGGCAGCGGGGGGAAGAAGCGUGCUUCUUUGGGGCUGAACGAAGGUGCAAGCAUGCGCUGCUCCACCCUCCUUGGUAUCCUGACAGGGGUACUGCUGUACCUGGUGCUGGGGGCCGUGGUGUUCCAGGCCCUGGAGGCUCCCCAUGAGGAGGGACAGCACAUACAGCUGCAGGACACACGCAGAGCCUUCCUGGAGAACUACACCUGCGUCAGCCCAGACAUCCUGCAGGCCCUCAUAGAGGAGGUGGCAGAUGCUAUGGGUGCAGGUGUGGAUCCUGGCAGCAACUCCUCCACCUUCACCAGCCAAUGGGACCUGGCCAGCGCCUUCUUCUUCUCUGGGACCAUCGUCACCACCAUCGGUUUUGGGAACAUCUCCCCGAAGACAGAAGGCGGGCAGCUGUUCUGCAUCUUCUAUGCCCUGGUGGGGAUCCCUCUGUUUGGCAUCCUCCUGGCUGGAGUUGGAGACCAUCUGGGGACCGGGCUGAGGAAAGCCAUCCUCAAAAUAGAGUUUAUCUUAGCGAAGUGGAAGGUGAGUCCUACUAUUGUUCGAGUCAUCUCAGCCGUCCUCUCCAUCCUGUUGGGGGUAGCACUCUUCGUUGCCGUGCCAACGCUGGUGUUUCAGGAGGUGGAGAAGUGGACUCUCCUGGAGGCGUCCUACUUUGUUGUCAUCACCCUGACUACAGUGGGCUUUGGAGACUAUGUUGCAGGUGAUAGUGGAGAUGGUGGCAAGGACCACUGGUACAAGCCCCUGGUGUGGUUCUGGAUCCUGCUGGGCCUGGCCUACUUUGCUUCCAUCCUGUCCAUGGUUGCAAACUGGCUUCGGGUCCUGUCCAAGAAGACCAGGGCUGAGAUGGAGGAGCUCAGAGCCCGUACCACUGACUGGGGUCAGAACAUUCAGAACAUGUCGGUGGACUUCCGCAUGCCUGACGACCCCUUUAAACGACGACGACGAAAGCGUCGACAUGGCCCUCGCAGCCGAGGCAAUGGGGCAGGCCAUGUGUCUGGGACUGGGGCCCCUGGGGAGGGGGGCAGGGUGAUGGAGAAUGGCCAGCUGAACAGCCAAUCAGAGACUGGAUCGUCCUCAUACUCUUACUCCUCCAACGAGUCAGAGUCUGGAUCUGAGACAGGGUCAGAGGUCACACAGCAUGAGCGGGUAGUAGAGGAAAAAGAGAAGGAUGUCGAUAAGGAGAACGUCUUCCCAGAUGCCCUGUAUUCCCAGCCUCUGGACUACUUUGGAGAGAACCUGGCAUACAUUGAUGAGUCCUCAGAUGCAGUGAGUGGAAAAUUACAUUUGGAUCCCCUGUUGGAUCCAGCACAGCCCGUCUCUACACGCUCACGGAAGCCCAAGAGGAGACGGCCCAGAAGACCACCCCCAGAGAAGAGCCCCACCAAGCCUGAGAAGAAAGAGCCCAAUGGAGACAUAAACCCCCCUGAAAAUCCACCGUCACCUCCACCAAAGGAUGGAUGAACCAAAUGCUCAAGGGGAUGAAGGGAAGAAGAAGUUAUGGGAGAAGAACUGAACCUGAUUGAUUAUGCUUUAUUGACUACACUGUUCAUGUUUCAUAAACAUUGUUUGAGUGUGUGUAUGUCGUGUAUGCCUGAUUCAAAUAUGGAGUGAGCCUUGAUGUAUUAACAGAGUGACUUAUUCAAAUAAUCCUAACAAAACUUCACUGCAUUAACCUGAUGUUGCCUUGGUAGGGUUUUAAUUAGGAACCCAAUCUUAUGUGCCCCUCUCAUCCAUGUUUGCUUAUGGAGUGAGCGCUCCCUACUGGGCAAUCAUGGAACUACACAGCCCUGUUUCCUUUAGAUAGAAUCAGCAGUGAAGCACACCAACAUACGUUUUUUUUUUUACUCUGAAUCAAUUCCUAUUGUUUUCCUUUAGGGGAAAAAAAGCCCUAUGACAAUAACUCUCCCAUAAUGAAUUUUUCCCUGAAUGUCUGGAGCUCAAACUCUAGAGAACAAAGCUUUAGUAUAUAAUAGGAAAAUUCAAGAUAUGAGUAAAUCCUGUCUCUGCCAAUAACCAUAUCUGGUCUUGCAUGACCUAGCCUAAGUAUUACACUAGUGACUUUAUUACUGUGUGCACUGUGUACAGCAUAUGCCAUUGUAUACAUUUUUGAGUAUUAUUAUUUGAAUGUAUUACAUACAACUGUCAUGUAAAAUAAACAACACAUUUUUUAAAUAAUCAGAAUACUAUUUUGUGUGUGUGUGAGAGAUUUUC